CCGCCCCUCGACAUAGAUCCUCGCGAUUUGUCCGUCCCAACCUCCCCGUUCGAUGGCUCCAGACGAAAUGAAACAUAUCCGUCAUUUGUGACUAUUUUCACACCGAUUGGCCUAAUCGGGAAGACGUUUUGUAUCGUCCAUUCGUUUUUGGUGAAAUUGGACACCGCUGAUGCGUCCAAGUCGUCCUGUGGGCCGUGCCGCGGAGGGAUACAUGUGUGGAAGCGACAAUGUGGAGGCUGUUAAAAUGUCGACUUGGAAAAUGAAGUCGCUUCAAUUUCAGCGAGAUUAAGAAAACGCUGCAAUGGUUUAGUUAUGUGUUUAGUUAUGUGUGCCGUCAGAGACGUGUUUUUACUUUCCUAACGAAGACAGCGUCGAGGCGGCGGAGUGUUUCAAUCUUGGCUUUCCUCAUCUUCCUCAAGCAGUCCGGAGGAGCGCGGAGGGAAAGAUCAAAGAUCCUGUUUAUAAGUUUCUUUUUCUCGCAUCUCCGCUCCUUUACUUCUCUUUCUUGGAUGCUACACAACUGAGCCAAGUGGCUUGCUGAGACUGAAAGCAGCAGAGAAUGACUGCAGUGGGCACAGACAAGGAGCUCAGCGACUUGCUGGAUUUUAGCGCGAUGUUUGAGCUUCCAGUUUCAAGUGGCAAAAAUCGGCCAACUACACUUGCCAGCAGUCAGUUUGGAGGUUCAGGGGUUGAUGAAAGAAAUGGGUCGAGUUCUUGGGGGCCCGGAGAACAGAACAGUCCAUCGUUCAGUCAGGGAAGGUGUUUUGCUGAAGAGGGCAUUUAUAGUGAGCAAGAUGGCAUUCCACAUGGCACCGUAUUUGGCACAGGGAUCACUGGGAAGGCUGAGAGAGGACCAUACUCGUCAUUUGCAACGCAGCCUGGCUUUAUGCCCAGUGCUGAUGCCCUUUCCCCCUCUGGUUUGAAGCCCUCGUCACAGUUUUAUUCCUCUUAUGAGAGCAACAAUCCUCGCAGACGACCCGCACAAGACCCCGUUGAUUCGCAGCCAAAAAAGAUCCGGAAGGUGCCCCCUGGCCUGCCUUCCUCUGUUUGUACCUCAGCCUCAAGUGAUGAAUUUAACAGGGACAAUGUUGGCUACUCUGCUUCCAAAGCAGGAAGCAUUUACCCACCACCCUUCUACAUGCAAGAAGGCCUCCACCCACCCUCCGAUUCAUGGGGUUCUGCUGGGUCGAUGGUUCAGCCUGGUUAUCCUUCCAUGCUGGGUAACCCCCCCCAUCUGAGCCAGCAUGGUCCCUUCACUGCCAUCAACCCCCAAGACAGACUGAAACGUCAGCCACUGCCCCUCUCACCCCAAAACUACCCCCUACAUGGCAGUGAAGUGAACGGGGCUCACCCGGCUGGUUUCCACUCUGGCUCCAACAGCUAUGGCGUUCCAAGUCACACGCCUCCUAUUGCUGCCAAUCGGGGAACAGUACCUGGAAGUUCUGGUGAUGAGAUUGGGAAAGCGCUGGCAUCUAUCUAUCCUUCAGACCCCAACAGCAAUGGCUACUCUUCAUCCCCAUCCACCCCUUCUGGUUCUCCUCAGGCUGCAUCAGUAUCUGCCUCCCAGUGGACAAGAUCUUCUGGCCAAGCUACACCUUCACCUAGCUUUCAUGGAGGACUUCAGGCAAUGCCUAAUAAACUGGAGGACCGCCUGGAUGAAGCUCUUAACGUUCUUCAGCGCCAUGCCAGUGGGCAAGGAGGAGCAGGACUAGCUGAGAUGCAGAGUCUGCUGGCAUCUGGUUUGGGCUUACCUCCAGCCUUUAGCAGUGCAGCACUCGGCCUUGCCAGUCGCCUGCCUGGCCUGCUCACCGGUCACCAUGAGGACUCUGCGAGACUGCCCUCUAGUGGAGGACUUGUGCAUGGUCACCACGGCUCCACGUCUGCUCUGCCAGGCUCUCAGACUGAUAGUUUCACCAGUAAGUCCUUCUUUGCUGUAAGAAAUAUUGAGAAACUUAUACCUUCCGUCCUGUGUUUUUUAAUGACAGGCUUGGUGAACAGCCUAAAUCGUUCCAGUGGCGCUGACAUUAAACGAGAGAGCAAGCAGGACGAUGAAAACUGUUCCGUUACUGACAAGUCAGAGGACGAGAACAAAGAGCUAAAUGCCCAUCUUCUAACAAGUCUGAAUGAUGAGGAUGACGAUGAUGAAGACCUACCAGUGGAGAUUAAAGCUGGGCGGGAGAAAGUGCGCAGGAUGGCAAACAAUGCCCGCGAGCGGCUCCGUGUGCGGGACAUCAACGAGGCCUUUAAGGAGCUGGGCCGCAUGUGUCAGCUCCAUCUGAACUAUGAGAAACCGCAGACCAAAUUGAACGUACUCCAACAGGCCGUUAACGUUAUUCUCAACCUGGAGCAGCAAGUCCGAGAGCGUAACCUCAACCCAAAGGCUGCCUGCCUGAAGAGAAGAGAGGAGGAGAAAGUGUCGGGUGUGGACCCUCAGAUGCAGCUGGGUGGGGGUCUCUGAGGUGACACUAUAAGCCAUCAGUAAUUCCAAGCCGUUUGAACACGUGGCCUUAAUCUCUGCUGGUGACGCACCUGAGUGUUCUUUGGACAGACUAAGAAGGGCCACAAUGACACAAAUGUGUGUUCAUCUUUACACCUUUCACCCAAGGACACCAAUGUGAAGACACCAUCAUGUUUUUCUAAGACUUUCUUAAGAAAAGAAAGAGUGCUUUAUGUUUUUGGAUCAGAAAGACAUUUGGGAUCAUUUACAACUUUGAGUCCAGUUGGUAUUAUCUGUUAAAUAUGUGGCAUUCUCCCCUGCAACGGAGGUCCUACAUCUUGAAGAAGCAAAGGAAGACAUGUUCCAUCAACAACCUCCAUCCAUGUUGGACGCCUCUCGUAGAAAGAGGGGUCUGAUAUAUAUAUAUAUAUAUUUCUUACUCUGCCCGAUGAGGUAAUACUGACCUGUCUGGUGUUUUUCUCCUCGUAAACCGUGGAUCCUACGGGUCACUGCCAUGCAAGUGGAAUGAAAAGACUCCACAGCUUCUAGACUUCAUGUGUUCAGAUCUGGUCUUAGCACUCAUCCUGGACAGUCCAUUCACAAAAGGGGCAUUUUUUUUCUUGAUUUAGAAACAACAUGCGACAUAUUUUGCUUCAGUAACUUUCUUUCUUAGAUAACCGUCAGACCAGAACGGCUAUGAUACAGUCUUGCAAUUAAGAAUAUUAUUAUUUCAUGCAGGUGGCCUUUUGAACUCCAGUUGGACCAAUCAGGAUGCAGAUUAUUUCCAGGUCUGAGCGCUUCCAAUUUGUCAAAAGGUGUAAUGGAAAACAUACGUGAGUGUUGAAAGGGAUCAUGAGUUUUGAAAUGCUAAGUAAGUAAGUUGCCACUAUUGACUUGCACGCUUGUUUUUUUCUUCCAUUUUGAACAACUGCAAAGCCUCUUUGUAACGAUCUUCCUUUUGUAGAAUUUGUUAGCCAUGUUUUUAUGUUCAUGUUUUUCCCCCCACUUUGUAAAAUAGUUAUGGAGAGUUGGGGUUUAUACAUUUGGGAUGAUUCUUUCUUUUUUGUUUACAUUGUUUGAAUUGAAGACAACCUUUUUUAAGAUAAUGGGAACAAAGUGAGGUGUUGUGCCAGGUGCCUGCAAAUGUUAGAAAUGACAACAGUCUGGCUUGUAAUGUCACAUGUUGUGAUAACCUUUUUUCUUGUUUCUGUGCAAACUUGGCAUUUGUAUUUCAAUUCCUCACCUAUUUUGAAACAGUAUUUAGGGUUUUUCUCCAUAAUGUCCAAUGUUAGUUCAUUUGAGGUGGUGGCACAAUUCAACUCAAUUCUAAUAGAAAUCAUCAUUCUGAAUUCAUAAGGGGGGCUUGCUUAGUCAUUUUCCUGACUUUGGGGAGUUUUAUAAUGGUUACUCACCAGUGCCUGAAUAUUUCUGUUACACAUUGCAUAUAAUAACGCGGGUUUAAAAGAUGUAGUUCAUCUGAAGAAUUUAUUGAGGCUGACCAACAACCUGGUCUAUAACUGGUCAAAUACUUACUGAUUUAUAUUUGAAUUUGUUUUAGUCAUGUACAUUCAUAUGUAUGAUAUAUCAAGACAAAAACCUUACACGGUGAUGUGUAACUUUAUUUGUCUCACUUGCGGAGUAUGCCUAUGAAUGGCCCCUAACUUUUAUUUUGGUCUGAAAAUAAGUCUUGUGAUUACCUUGCAAAUGAUCACAAAUGACUUGUAUUUGUUUAUGUAAAUGUUUUUUUUUUACAGUUUGCAAGUAUAAAAGCAUACAAUUUCCUUUAUUAGAGAACUUUUUGUCAUCUACAGCAAAUUACUUCCUACAGCUCUUUCUGUCUUUAUGAAUAUUUGAGGGCAAUAUCUUUGUAGGCCAUGUCCUCAGAGUGCCUCCACUUUCCUAUUUUUAUAUAUAAAGUAGAUAUUGACAACUGUUGUGUAUAUAACAGUAAUGUAGCAAUAAAUGUGCCAUUU